CAUUAGUUCCAUAAAUGUGCCAGAUCUUUUUUCUUCAAGAUUGCUCCCUUGGAAAAUGGUGAAAGUGUUGAAAAACGUAGAAUCUCAAAAUGUUACAGGAAGAUCCAAAUAUAAUGGCUUCUUCUAUGACUCAAACCAAAUUGUUCCACCAAGUUCCCUGCAAAUCUGUUGGGUUGUUCUUGUGUUAUUUUCCUUACAAACAAACAGACAGGGGUGAAAACAUGACCUCUGACCUCGGCAGAGGUAACAAUGGCAGACACAUCGAUGGAUUGCUUUCAAAUGACUUUACUCAUCCCUGAUUGGUUGUCCAAACUUUCUGACUAUGCCAAACACAUCUCUGUUUUUGUGUUGUUUCUGACAUUUUGUCAAGAUAUGUGGCUAUUUCAGUUAUGUCCAUCACAGAUUGGACAAUCGUCAAACCAGGAUACGUCUGAAAAGCCUCAAUCUCAGACUGUUUCUGUUGCUUCUCUCAUCUUCUCUCCCCUUUUCUUUUUCUCUCUAUCAACCUGUGUCCUAGAGUUGCCCCCUCCCUUGCUCUCUCUGACUCCUGACACCAGACAGAUGUUCAGUGGGGAGUGUUUCACUCUGCAGUGCCUCACAUCUCAGACUAACUCCUCAGGGUGGAAGGUGGUGCAUUUCUCUCCUGACCUAAAAGCAGGGACCUCAAACCUCACCGUUCACUAUUCACCGCCAGGAGGUAGCAUGAGCCCAUACAAGUCUGAAGCAUUUGUGUUCACUGCUACCAGUGGGACCAGUGGAGUGUACUGGUGUGAGGGCACCAGGGGCCGCAGCAACGCAGUCAACAUUACAGUAAGCUAUGGCGACAUCAUUCUGAAGACCCAAGCCUCCCCUGUGUUUACGGCUGACGAUGUCACCUUGUGUUGUCAGUAUCAGAGCGGCAAACACAAACAAACCAGCUUCUUUAAAAACGGAGCAUUGAUUGACUCUAACAGUUUGUCCGGUUCAGACCGAGUCAUAAAGAUGACUCUUAAGAAUGUGACACGGGAAGAUGAAGGCUUCUACAGGUGUGCGUCCCAAGACAGACAGCUGCAGAGUCCAGAGAGCUGGUUAUCAGUGAGACCAGACAGAGGAAAACUUCACAUCAGAGGAGACUCCAGCAUCCACUGGUUCCUGGAAAUGGAUCAUUGCUUCAUGUCGGGCUCUCCUUCUGAUAGUCAUUCCUUUGACUGUUUGGCUCGUUUGUCACUACAGGUACCAGAAGUUCUGCACUUGGAGCUGCUGGCCAGUUUCCGAACAGGAAGUUCCAGCAGGGGUGCUUCCUGCCACCAAGUUGGAUGUGACGGAGGUGCAGUGGGACCUGUCCUGGAUGGAGAUGUCCAACCUGUUGGAAAAGGAUUCUUAUUGUGGCACUUAAAGGGAAACUCUCUUCUGAAGCCUGGAGAAAGUAUUAACUAUUGGGUCAAACCUAUGAGAAAGCUCAGUCAGUGCUGCAAUUUGUAGUAUUUGAUGGUCACAUGUCAACAUAGUGCUGCCUGAUAUAUUUUUGAAUUGAAUUAAAUGAGAUGUUUAGGAUUUAUAAGGAUGACUACAUUAGCUGAUGGUGCAGAUUUGAUA